AUGAGUGGUACUGGUGAAGUGAGCAUGGACUUCUUUUCCCUGCUGAAUCAAAGGCAGUUGGAUCAGAAUAGCGAAUUCCGCAGACUCUACCGCCUCUCCGCGUGCUACGCGACGGGCGCAGUUCUGGCGAUGUUCGUAGCUGCUCUGAUAGCACCAGCGGGCACUCCAACAGAAUCACGCAGAGGUGAUAUCUGUCUUGCCGCCUCUCUUUUGUUUUUUCUUUCUAGCAGUAUUGCGGCGUAUCUCAUGAUGGUAAAGGCGUUAAAUGUCUUAAGCACCAGUCGAUUUAUAUUACCAUCCUCAUUUGGGGCACCGCGUCUCCCGGCAUCUUCUUUGCUUAUACCAGUUUCAUAUGAGGGUCUCACGUUCAGACAACGGAUGGUUUUUGUGUAUGGAUUGCUGGUGAGCGCUAUUGUGUCUGUGAGUGUUGGGGUCGGUACAAAUUCUUAUUAUGCGUAUUUAUUAUUGUUGUUUAUGCAGUUUGUACUGUUUAUUGCCUCAUGGGUUGUUCUCAGUCGUAUGAUGAACGUGUCAAGAUGA